AUGCGGACUCGCUUCCUCGCCGCCGACUACUUCUCCCCGCCGUCGGCGGCCUCCUGCUCGGACCAAGCCCUAGCCCUAGCGUCCUUGCGCUUCCCUCCUCUCCCCGUCCCCUCGCUUCCGCCCGAUCCGCAUUUCCCGCUCCUCCUCCCUUUCCCCGCCGCGGCCGACCUCCCCGCGGUCAGCAUCUCGUGCGACGAUCUCGACUCUCUCCCCAUAUCCUCCGCGCUAUCUGAGUUCCUCGCGGCCGUUAUUCCGCAGGCCCUGCCCGCGCCGGCUAUCCCCGCCGCCGACGAGGGAUUGGAUGACUUCCUCUACGACAGGGGCGGCUAUCGCAAGGGUUUUAGCUUGAGGGAGUCUGUUGCAUUCGAAAUCCCUGAUGGAUUGGACGAGAUUAGCCGCGAGAAGGAUGGGAAGGGAGACGGAUCCAGGUCAGAUAGAUUGGGGACCUCCACUGACACGAAGAGAUGGGAACUGCUGAAGAAGCACAUAUUUGAGGUUGUAGAGGUUGAUCUCCCGCAGAUUUUGGAAGGACACGUUGCAUCCUCUGGUGGUGACGAGUCUGGUGAUGGUGUCACCUUAUUGUUUCGUGUUCCAGAUGCGAAAAUCCACCUGGAUUUCAUUGAUAUUGACACUGAGAUGACAUUAAGCUAUCCAACUGAACUUGUGGAUUCAAUUUAUCAAGUAGAGAAAAUCCCUGUGGAGCAUAAUGAUGAGGAACAUUUGUCUGCAAGGAAUAUUAACUUUUUAGACAUUGCAGCAUUAGAUUGUGGUGUGACAAUACCACUACUGGAGGUUCAUAGGCAUUCUUGGGAGCUUAAUGGGUGUCCCACUAAGGCAGAGAUAUCUAAUAUUUUUCAUAACCUUGUUGAACAUUUGGGUGAAGCACAAGUUCAGCAUUCAGCGUUGAACUCAACUGAGUUCUCAAGAUCAACUGAUAUGGACAUGUUGGCCUUUGUUUCCAAAGAUGCCCCAUGUGCAGACUAUCAAGCAGAUAAACCAAUAACAAUUAAGGCUGCAGUAGAAAUGGAUCUUGUGAGGAUCAGUGAUAAUCUUCUACUUGAGAGAAACUCGGCAUUAUACCCUCUCAAGCCUGAUGGCACCUUUUCAGAUUUGCCUUGCUCAGUUCUUUUAGAAGAAGCACAGAUCAUUGAUUUCCCUUCAGAGGAUGUCUUCAAAAUGUUUGUUCAGUCAGAUGCAGCUGAGCUGAAUACAUCUGAUGAAAUAUUCAAAGACGACUUCAAUCCAGCAAGGCGUUUCUAUGAAUCAGUGGUUAGCUCUGAGUUGGUGCUGGUUGACGAUACAUUCAAAUCACUACCUACACCUAUUUUAUCUGAUGAUGAUAUGACACUGAGGUCUAUGGUCCCCUCCAUGGGAGAAGUACUUUGCUCCCUGAAAACUUAUUCACUCUCUGCAGCCGACAGAAUUUAUUUGGACUGGCAUCUUUUAUUGGAAGGUCCAUGCAACCGGGAGAUAUGCUCUACCUAUGCAAUCAUGGUUGAGGAGGUAAAAAGUUGCCAGUUCAAUUCUGAGAUGCAAGUCAAUUGUCAGCAGACAUCAGCACUUGGUUUUGAUUUUCUUGAGUAUUUCUGGAGAAGUGCAAAACACCAAGAUGAGGAUAAACAGAACAAUAUUUAUGUGCCUACCCCUCUACCUCAUGAUCCACCUCCUGCAGUGGAAACGGCUCAAAAAUACAGACAAGAAAGUGAUACUGGAGGCAACGGCCACAUGGAAAAACCAAGUUCAGGAAAGGCAGCUUCCUUAUUCAAGUCAAUGUCACAAUCCAGUGACAUAAAUUUCUACUUGAAUGUCAGAAGCGGCACCAAGAGAGGAACUAAUGAUGAAAAUGUUUCUACUUUAGAUAUCCCUACUUUAAAUGAACAAGCAGCUUCUUUUCCAAGCAGGCCUAAAGUUGACAAGCUCAUAGAAAUUCAUCCUGUCAGCCUCUCAGAUUCAAUCCGAGCCCUUAUCAAACACAUCCAUAGAAGCUAUACAGCUGCUCUGCAAGAAAGUGCAUAUUUGAGGCAUACUUUCUCGGAUGGGCAUUUAAGCAUUCCGAAGCAGAAGCUUCUUGGACUGAUAACUGGAGAUGGUUCAGAUGGCUUUGAUAAUCACUGUAAACAUGAAGAUAAGAUGGAACUCAUUGUACUCUAUGGAUUAAAACAGGUUGCAUAUUAUCUAUGUUUCUUUGGUUUGCAUGCUGGCCAUCUGUACAUAAGCAACCUGAUUGGAAGCUUUGAAAAUAUUCCUGAGAGGUUAAGAAAUAUUCACAGUUUCAUUGGUGAAGCACUGUGGAAAGCUGAGAAGCAUCAGAUUGACUCUCACCCAUCAUUGCAUGACAUUGAAAUGAUCCUGAGAUCUAAUACACACACCAGCCAACAGAUCCUUAUAGUUGCCGACACAACUUUCUGGCUGCCAUUGGGUCAAAAAUUAACUUCGAUGAAGAUGACAUUUGUUGAGCUAGGAAAAGACCCUGCUGCAGCUUAUUUAGAUCCGGUGGACAAGCCAAACCCUACAACUUGGGUGCUCAGAGGAUUGCCGAAAUCAGACUGCAUUCUGUUAGAUAAUAAGAACAUUCCAGCUUCAUUCCCUUUCAGUGAGUUUGGCAUCGUACUGGAAUACGGAGGUCCAGAUAAAUUAUCUACCUUGUUGUCUCUGGCUCCUAAUUUAGAUGGUUUUCCACAACUGCAUUUCCUCUAUGUCAAAGUGGAUGUUGAAGAUCCUUCGGUUGCACUUGUUGAGGACAACCCUACAGACCAGGAGUUGAGAGCCACACUGGAUACGGUUUUGCAUGCACUUCAGAAAGAUCUGCAAGAGAAGAUGAACAAGAUGCGUAUUGUUGAUUCACUGAACUUUAUACCAGCAACUAAUCAGCUGCAAGGACGGCAGGAAAAUCUGUGCAAAUAUAGCACUGCUGAUUCAACAAAAAAAUUGCCUGCAGAUGAUCGACUGCUCAAACAAAAUUUUUUGGAGAAAGAGUUCGCUGAUGCACAUCAUUUUGUUCCUACAGCUGAACAGCGGCACAGAGAGGAAAUGUUGAGCAAAAGAACUAUCCUCCAUUCACAACAUUUUGUGCCUGCAGUUGAGAAGAGCAGCUCUACUUCUUCUGUAUCUGGAAAUGCCAUAAAGGCCCCACAAGACAAUCUAUCUGGUACUGACUUGCCUUCCGGUGUAGAAGUUGGUCGUCUCACUCCAGGUAGAUUAUCCACCCCGGCGAUUGUUGUAAAUACUGGAAGUCAUGGAAAGAAUAUGCUUUUCUCUCGGAGAUCAUCUUAUCAGCAGAUACUAUCUUUGGAGAAAGGAGGAAUGCAGGUUGUGGAACGAGACGUUGAUCUUCCUGUGGACCUAAUACUCAGUACUGCAGCUUGCCUAGUAUGGUUUGAGACAAAAAUCUUUGGGAGCAAUGAAUUCACAGCAUCGGCAGAGACAUCUAGUAUAACAAAUUUUGUAGAGAUCAUUGCGACCAACAUUCUGAUGUCAAUUAGCUUCUGUUUCCGUGGUUGUAUAAUGGUCUUUGAAGGUGAACCUCACUCCCUUUCUGCUGUAAUGGAGACAUCUGAUUCUCUGUAUGCUGCGGCUGCUAGUCUGAUGAUGAACGUGCAGAUAUUCUUCUCAUGCACACCCAAGUUAACAGAUGAGAUAGUUCUCAGUUGCAUUAGGAAUGUGAAUAUGUUGAAUAAAGCUCCUUCUCCAGAUAUACCUGAAUCAGAAAGCUUGGCUGAAUCAUUUCUCACAAAAUUCCCUUCAAUCAAUCCCUUGUCUGCAUACAGUAUGCUUUCUUGUGGAAGCAGCCUUGUGGAGUUCCUCAGUUGGUCACAUGAGCGUCGUAUACAGGCUGUUCAGAAGUAUCUGUUCUCCCCGCAGAGCAUUUCUCUGUUCAAUGCUUUGUGCAAAUUCGGUGAGCUAGGUGAAUCUAGGUCUGUGAUGACUGAAGGCUCUUCUGUAGAUUCAGACAUCUGUAGUGCAUUGUUGCAGUCUCCAAGUAAAAGGAAAAGGUGCGCCUCUCAAGUUUUUGCAGUACCAACUAGUGAUCCCCUCCAUCCGGAUUCUCUAAACCAAUUGCCUGGUGAUUAUGUAGAACAUAACAAUGUAUUCUCACAGCCUAAGUUGAGGAGGUUCUCGGACGCGGAGGAUGCAACGCCUCAGCUCCCAGAGGUCUUUAUGUUCAAUCAAAGUUUGAGUAGGGGAGGUGAAGGGGUCUCUUGUCUGCCAAGAAAGCACAAUAUUGGUGCAAUAAUUGGCAAUCAGAUCAUGGGUGAUCAUAUCAGCAAUGGAUUUACUGCAGAUACGAGGCAUUGUAACCAAAGAAGGGCUAACAAUAUGGUGGACACAUAUGACUUCUCUUGGCAACCAGAAUCAGGGGGUAAAGAACCUAUCAAAAGCUCUUUUCCCGCAAGCGAACCAUCAUUCAGCCGAAGUUACAGUCAUCCAAUAUUUCCAUCUGCAUUGGAGAUCAAUGAUGAUACUGGUUACUGGGACAUUCCAGGAGGUGCACAUGGCACUUGGAAGGGUCAUGUACAUGGGGGUAUUGCCUCAACCUCUUGCAGAAAUGAUGUGGGCAGCAGAUAUCAUGAGCCAAGAGAGGAAAUAAUGCAGAAGGGUCAUGUACAUGGGGAUAUUGCCCCAACCUCUUGCAGAAAUGAUGUGGGCAGCAGAUAUCAUGAGCCAAGAGAAGAAAUAAUGCAGAAGGGUCAUGUACAUGGGGAUAUUGCCCCAACCUCUUGCAGAAAUGAUGUGGGCAGCAGAUAUCAUGAGCCAAGAGAGGAAAUAAUGCAUGAUCCAGGAAGUUCGCUUGCUUUUCUGAAACAGGAUUCUGGCUUUCAUGCAACUCCACAUGGCUCAAGCUGGGAAAUUGAUUAUCUCAGGCAAAUGAACGAAAAAAGAAGAGCACGUGAGGAGAGAUCAAGAUGUAAUACAUCAGCAAUGAUGUCAAAUUCAAGGAUGAGGGAUGGAGCCUCAAAGAUUAUAAAUCCUCCACUUAUUGGAUCCUUCAGAUACCAGGGAGAUGGAGAUACUCCUUCAAGGAACCGGAGCCCAUCAGUUGGGACUCGGCAUUAUGAGAAAGCCAGAGAAGGAACUAAAGCACAUACCCAUAGAGCAAGAAAAGAUUUCAAGAUGCAACCAAGUGUAAGUCAGGAGAACAGGAUAGAGCCGUCCAUAUAUCCAUCGUGGACUCCCGUUGACAAGAGAGCCAGACAGAAACUUUCAUUUGCAACAUACGGGAAGGAGAAGCAAAGCAAGUUGGUCUGGAGAGACCCAAAUAGCUCUGGUGCUGAGUGUGGCUUCCGGAAAAGAUACCGGGAAGAAGGUACGUAG